AUGUCUGGCUGCUGCUGCUCUAGGAAAUGCCCCUCCCUGCCAGCCGUCUCCCUCUGCUCUACUGAGGUGAGCUGUGGAGGACCCGUCUGCCUACCGAGCUCCUGCCGGAGCCAGACAUGGCAGCUGGUGACUUGUGAGGACAGCUGUGGCUCAUCUGGCUGUGGCUCACAAGGCUGUCAACCUUCGUGUUCCGUGAGCAGUUGCUGCCAGCCAGUGUGCUGCGAGGCCACCAUCUGUGAGCCUUCUUGUUCCGUGAGCAGCUGUGCUCAACCUGUGUGCUGCGAGGCCACUGUUUGCGAGCCUUCUUGCUCUGUGGGCAAUUGCUGUCAACCUGUGUGCUGCGAGGCCACCAUCUGCCAGCCUUCCUGCUCUAUGAGUACCUGUGCUCAACCUGUGUGCUGUGAGGCCGCCCUGUGCCAGCCUUCUUGUUCUGUGAGCAGCUGCCAGCCUGUGUGUUGUGAGACUACACCCUGCCAGCCAAUCCUCUGCUUGCCCGCAUCCUGCCAGCCAGUGAUCUGUGAGCCCAGCUGCUGCUCAGCUAUCUGCACUGUGCCUGCUUCCUGUCAACCAAUGGUCUGUGAGCCUGUGGUUUGUGAGCCUGCUUGCUGUCAGCCCGUGUGCCCGACACCUAGCUGCUGUCCAUCUGUCUGCUCUGCAGCCAGUAGCUGCCAGCCAGUCUGCUGUGGCUCCAGUGCCUGUGAGGCACCUUGCUCAGAGUCCAGUGCUUGUGCGCCAACUGCCUGUAUGGCUCUGGUGUGUGAGCCUGUUUGUCUCCGUCCUGUCUGCUGUGUUCAGAGCCCUUGUGAGCCAUCGUGUGUCUCUAGCAGCUGCCAAGACUCCUCAUGUUGUGUCUCUAGUAUUUGCCAACCUGUCUGCCCUGAGCCCAGUCCUUGCCUACCGUCGGUGUGUGUGCCCAGCCCGUGCCAACCUUCCUGCUACAUAGUCAAGCGAUGCCGUUCUGUCUGCUGUGAGCCUGUUUCCUGCCCAUCUACCUCCUGCCAACCACUCUGCUGCCGUCCGGGGUCCUCUGCAUCUGCCGUCUGCCAACCAGCCUGCCCACCUCGCACUUUCUACAUACCCAGUUCCUGCAAGCAGCCUUGCAGUCCUGUUUCCUGCCGCCCGAUCUGCCGCCCGAUCUGCUCUGGGCCCAUUACCUUCAGGCAGCCAUAUGUGACAUCCAUCACUUACCGCCCUGCCUGCUACCGCUCCUGCUAUUCCAUCCUGCGCCGCCCCACCUGCCUGGCUUCCUACUCUUACCGCCCUGUCUGCUCCCGCCAGCCUUGCACCGAUUCUGACAACUCUAAGCCUGAGUGCAAAAACUCGACUUCCGGCCAACCCGACUGUGCCGACUCAACACCCUGCAAGACAGAGGUCUCAGAUGAGACUCCCUGCCAGCCCUCCGACAUUAAACCCGCCAGCCCGAUCACCCGUGAGGCUGCAGCUCCCCAGCCUGCGGCCGGCAAGCCUGCUGACCGUUGA